AUGCUAGUGCAGCUUUUGCUCCUCUGUAACACAAUAGGGUUGGCAAAGCUGGUCGGACACCCCGACCAUCACGGGUAUCAUGACGGUUCGGUGCACCGCUCAAAGCCACCGGUUCACGAGACCUCUGCAUACCCGCAGAGGACUCCUCUACCGCACGGGGAAGGAGGUUACUGGAAGGCAGAAGGGCUCAGGGAGGAUACUCAAGAUUACCCUUCAAGUGUGAUCUCCGCACAUCAGGAACAGAGAGAGGAUUUUGAAGCUGUAAGCCCGCAGUCCCGAAAUGGGAACUGGUGUUCCUUCACGCAGUCCCGGCUGGUCACAUACAUAGAAGCCUGCAUGAAGGAGAAGUACAUUGUCAACUCCCAACAGCCCUGUCCAAACGGGGCACCAGAAUGCCAGAAGAUCAUGUACAGGACCGCACUGAAGCCAGUCUAUCAGGUGAAACAGAAGGUUUUGAAGUCUUUGCAGUGGAAAUGCUGCCCUGGGUUUAUCGGCAAGGACUGUGAACAGCAUGAUCCCAAUUUCAUUCCGGUGCCAGGAAGUCAAACUGAAGGGCUGGAAGAAGAAUUCUCAAACCACAUGUCAACACCAGUGGAUGCAAGAGAAAUGUUGGAAGUCAUUCAAAAUCAUGAGGCAUUACUGGAUGAUCUUCAAAGUGAUAUUCAUCAAGCAGUCAGCAACUUAGGUGACUUACAGAGAAUAUUUGAAACCAACGGUACGAGCAUGGUGUUAGAAGUGAACCAGAGCAAUUCAGAUCUACAGGAAAGGCUUCUGCAGCAAGUUUUGUUUCCCCAUGUGGAGAAUUUUCUAAGGAAACAUUUUAACCCAAUGUGGGCAAGCUUCAACCGAAGCUUGCAGAACCUCUCGAACAUGGUAAGAAACCUGUCCCAUGACGUGGAAAACAACAAGCAAAGCAUAGAAAGACUCCAAGAGAGCUCUGUGCCCAGGAAGGAAUUCCAGGAGCUGGGAACUAAGUUUGAAUCAAAAGUCCAGGAAAACGUAGUGAAAGUCGAUCAGGUGAAAAGAGAUAUAGAGAAUCAAUUGCAAAUGCAACAGGCCAGCAUUCGCUAUAAUCUCACCAUGAUCAAGGCAGAUACUGACACAAAGCUCAAGAAGUUCCACAAGGUACAGCAAUCUCAUUUCUUAGCUUUGAACAACAGCAUAGCAAAUGUGAAACAAGAGCAACACAACCUUGAAAAUAAAUUUGAGACUUUGAAAAAAAAUUUAACAGAACUGUCCUCACAUCAUGGUCCCAAGGAUGAAAAUACUCAGUUAGCCAUCAGACAAAUAAACGAUAUUUUGGGAGGGCAUACAAAGCAGCUGAAAGAACUUUACAUGGAGUCAGAUGUGGCCUUUCAGAAUAUUGAAGUUUUAGAGAGGUGGUUUAAGGAGUUAAAAAAAAAUAUCUCAAAGUACAGGUCAGAAGAUCUUACAGUAACUUUAAUGGAAAAAUCCCUUCUUAUGGAAGAAAACAAAGCAGCAAUGGAAAGGCAGAUGGCAGAGCUCAACUACACUCUCUCAAAUCUUCGGGAAAACUAUUCAGAUCUGCUGAGGUACAUGGAGGAAUGUAAUUGCCAGAAAAUACCUUCUGAUGCUGAUGUACUGGAGGAAGAUUUGAAGAAUAUCACAUACUCCCUUGAGGGCACCCAAUCAAGCUUAAAGGAUAUGAAGCACUUGGAGUCAGUUUUCAGAGAGCUCUUGAGGAAUGAAAUCGAAGAGCUCACCUCAGCUUUUCCAUCUAUCCAUCAGUCCCUUAAUCUCCGUCAAGAAGAGAACAGACAGCUUCAGUCACAGGUUAUGGCUUUUUCAGACGACAUAGGCUUCUUGAAGAAGAAAGAUGAAGAAAUCCAUAGACACAUCAGGUAUCUCAACAGUUCCUUUGGGUCUCUCUUGGAAGAUGCCAUGCGGCAUGAAGCAGCACUGGAGGCUUUACUGGGAGAAGAAUUUAUGGAAGUCUUGUUUGAAGAAAAUCCUAGCAUCCUAAUAACGUCAGUGUUUCAGCUGCAAGAAUCUCUCAGACAUAUCUCAGACAAGCUUCAAAACCAAAAUGUGACUUUAGAAUCUCUUAUGAAGAGACUCCAUCUCUCAGAGAGAGGACAACAAAAUCAUCAGGAUGCCCGUACACCUCCUAAGCAUCCCAAAGAAGAAACGCAAACAUCCUCUACUCUAGAUGAAGUCAGCAGUCAACGCAGCAUCGUAGAACACAUGGAACCUAACUAUGAGGCUGCCAAAGAUGACUCCUUGGAUAGCUCAGCUUACAAUGAUAUCAUGACUUUGAAGAAUGACAUCAAACACCUGAGCCUGGCAAUCAAGAGGGCCGAAUCCAGAAGUGACAUCAAUCGCUGCUGCAAUCAUACAAUAGCAAACGUAAUCGAGCCGCUCAACAUCUCUGUGGAAGUUCUCUCCGCGGAUUUAGCCACCAUCAAGCAGAAGCUGGAGGAACACCUGCUGAUUUUUAAAAAGUUAUUCGGAAGCAAUGAAGAACUAGUCGUCUCAAAUGUAAGUCUGGACGUAACAAAGAUUCAGUCAAUGCUGACUAGGAAAGUGAGAAGGCAGCACAAAGGUCAGGAUAAGCAAAGAGACAAGAGAAAGCCUGAGAAGCACCGAGAAAAUAUGCAGACAAUAAGUGGAAGAAAUACAGUGCAGACAGAACUUUUGGAAAAAGACUCACUGGUGGCAUUCCAUGUGGGAUUCUCAGAAAGAAAGGAUAAAGAAAAGACUCUGAGGUUUAAUGAAACUUACCUCAAUUAUGGAAACAGCUAUUUCCCUGAACACGGCUACUUCAAAGCACCGCAUAAAGGUGUCUACCUGUUUGUCAUCUCCGUGGAGUUUAGCACAGGACCAGCAUUAGGACAACUCUCCUUUAGCCGUGGGUACAAAAGAACUCUGUCGAGUAGCCAGAGGAGAACACCAAAUGGAAACACCAUGACUACUUUUGCUAUGGCAGAAAUGGAGAAGGGGGAGAGAGUAUGCUUUGAAUUGCUGCAGGGCUCUGUAGUGAAACGGAGUCCCCCUGGGACAACAAUGGGUGGAUUUCUACUAUUUAAAACUUGAACAGGGACAUUUUGUUUUAUUGAUGUCCUUCCAUAGAUGCAAUGGAUCCAUUCACUAUUGCUUCAUCUGUGAUGUAUUCAAUCCUACUGCAUGUGUUUAAACAUAGCACUACCC